CAGCUGUCCUGCCUGUCAGCUUUCUCUGCACAGCACUCCCUCUGCCAGCCAGAAGCCAUGAAGUUUCGGGCCAAGAUCACCAGCAAGAGUAUUCUAGAGCUCUUCAUUCUGGUCAGCGGCACUGUGGCGAGGCUGGCGAAGGUCUGUGUGCUCCGCGUGUGUCCCGACAGGCUGUGUUUCUGCCCCCCUGGGCUGCUGGGUGAGGCCCAGCUGUGGGGUGAGGUGAGGCGGGGAGUCUUCCGCCACUUCUGCAUGGAAGGUGUCUCGGAGGAAUUCAAUGAGAUCUAUCUAGAGCUGAUGUCUGAGCAUCUGGCCAGAGCCGUGAGGAAUGCGGGCCACGCUUCAUCCCUGAAGCUCCAGCUCACCAACAAGAGGCGUCCCUGCCUCACUGUGGUGGUGGAGCUGGCUUCGUGCCCCGGCCACAGCCGUGCGAUGGUCCACGACUUGCCUGUGAAGGUGCUUCCCAGAAGGUGGUGGAAGGAGUGUGCAGAGCCCCGGGUUCCAGCCUCCGAUGUGAGUGUUUCCCUGCCUGCCCUGAAGACCCUGAAGAGCAUGGUGGAGAGGAUGGCAAAUGUGGGCGAUCGUGUGCUGGUGGAAGCAAAUCUAAACGGCAACAUGAACUUGAGUGUAGAAACGGAUAUGGUGACUAUUAAAAGCUAUUUUAAAAAUCUUGGAAAUCCUCCAGAGGCCGUUCUGAAUGUCACCAAAGGUAAAGACCCAGAGAACAUGGUACAAGUGAGAGUGGACAACAGGAAGCUUCUAUUGUUUUUCGAAGGACAGCAACAGAUAAACCCCACGAUGGCCUUGUGUAAUAUUUUGAGCAAUACUCUGCUUCAUCUCGUUUUGGUUCAUGAUGAUAUCUCCCUUCAGUAUUUUAUUCCUGCUUCAUAAAUAUUCUUGCAGCCCUAAUUUUCUUUUUCAAUGAAAUCUUAAUUUAAUGAAGAUCUUUCCAGAACUGAAUCUCUGAGUUACUUCAAUUAAAAGCCUGCACCCCUGUGGAUUAUGUAGGGUGUUUAUUUUGUCGAGCACUUCCUUUGUAAAAUGUUAAGCAACAAUUGGAGA